UACUGUGUGAGCUGUGAUAGGUCACAGAUUGUCACAUGGUACAAGGCUGUUGUGAAUAGCUUUGUACCAUGUGAGCUCUGUGAUCACCUAUUCAUGUGAUUACUGAUUGGCCAAUCAGUGAUCACAUGAUCGGGACCUCACGCAGAGGUCCCGUACAGCGAUCAGUUCCCAGGGAACGCGCACCGAUCAAAAUGUCCGGCGCCAUUUAUGAACGGCAACCCGCCCCUGCACUGCCACCGUCCGGCCGUUUAUAUACAGCGGCCGGACGGGAAGUGGUUAAU